AUGGCGCGUCUUUCCGGCCUGCAACGAGAUGUCCUCGCCCUCUACCGCAACUGCUUACGAGCAGCGCGAAAGAAACCGACAGAAACUCGUCCCAACUUUGAAAGCUUUGCCCGACGAGAGUUUGAGAAGCAUUUGCACAUGGACAGAAAAGACUUUGGCUCUAUUGAGUUUCUGUUGAGAAAGGGCACGCGACAGCUGGAGACGUAUGAAGCGCCCAACAUCACGAACAUCGCCGGCUGA